CGCCACUGUCAGGUUAGGUUAGUGCUAAAGUUACAAGGUUCUGCCACAAACAAGCAACAGUACAAGUUUCAAUGAUUUAAACAGCUGGAACAGGUUUUUUCUCUCAUAAUUCUCAAGUAAAGGCAAUAAACCGGGCAUAUGGAUCUAGUGGACAACCUCAUCGAAGAUGACGCUGAGAGACAGCGUCUACUUUCCAAACCGACCUGCUUCCUCGUGGUUGGAAGGCCGGGUGUUGGCAAAUCCACCCUGGCCAAAAAUAUAGCAGAGACCUGGGGGUGUGUUUUAAUCGAUGACACGGAGGUGCUGGACCACCACAUCAGAAGUACAACAGAGGAUGGCAUCAAGCUCCUGGAGAUCUUAAACGCGGGCGAAAGUGUGCCCGAAGACAUGGUCCUCCGGCUCAUAUUCGACAUGCUGAACUCGUCCAAAGUUGAGCACUACGGCUACGUGCUGAGCUGCCUGCCGUUCAUGUCGGAAGAGGGCGUUGGCGUCGAUGAGCAAAUGGAGCUGAUCAGGAAGCUCAAGCUGAAGCCGGACUUCCUCAUCAACGUCAAGUGUGCCGACAAGGACCUGGUCCAGAGGCUGUCGAGUCAGAAGCAGCACCCGAUGACAGGUCUUCUGUACAAUCAAGAUCAAUGGAAGUGGGACAAUGACUUCCACGUAACGGGAUUUAUAGAUGAUGAAAUAGUGGAGGAGGAGGAUAAGGAAGAAUCGCAGGAUGAUGACGAAGAGGAAGAGGAACAAAUUACCCCAAGGUGCACGAUUGACCAGCUGGUGUGGAUCCCUGAGCGUCAGUCCAGAAAUACUUCUCUGAGAAUCAACGCGUACAAGGAUAACAUCCUCAGACCGCUGGAGGAUUACAUGAUGGACCACAACCCGAUCUACCUUUUCGAGGUGGACGGAACCAACACGCCGGAUGAGUUGCUCUUAUUUGUCUUGUCCCGCCUGGGAUCGAUGGCCAUACAGCGCGUGUCGGUUCCAGUGGUCCUCCAUCAGAACGAAGAGUUGCCCGAAGACAUCGAAACGGAGGACCUGCUGAGGUUUAUGUCCUCCUCCAGGAUACUAGUGCCAGGCUUCCGGUGGCGGAGGAGCCGCUGGGGUCGAAGUUGUCCGGUCGCCUUGAAAGAAGGAUGCUUCGUCCCCGGAAAACCGGAAUUCUCUGUAGGCUUCCGGGACAAAAUGUACAUCCUUUCAUCCCAAGAAGCCUACGAUAAGUUUGUGACCAACCCCAGACGCUACCUCCUCCCCCCGAUGCCCAGCCCCCCUUGCCGGGUUUGCAUCGUCGGAACGAUGGCUUCGGGGAGGAGCGAGCUGGCGCGACUGAUGGGCGCGCGGCACGGCGUGUCCGUGCUGGAGCUGGAGAAACUGGCGGAGCCUCUGGUGGCGGAGCUGGAGAAGGAGUGGCUGGGCAAAGUCAAGGAGGACUGCACGCAGGCCGCCAUGGAGAAAAUCAGGACCAAGCAGCAGACCGGCCAACCGAGUUCUGAUGGAACCCCCGCUGUGGAAGUGACAGAGGAUCAUCCCGAAGUGGUGGCCCUGGUGCAAACCGCUCUGGAAGAGGCCAAAAAACACGAUGCAGCCAAGGAAGUCUAUGCUCAGGCUCUGACGAAGGUCGUGAGAGAAAAUGAAUCGACCGACGUGGGUUCCGAUGUGGGCAACGGCUGGGUGCUCGACAACUUUCCCAGGAACGCCUCCCAGUUGGAGGCGCUACAACGAGCCGGGAUCCUUCCGGAUUUCCUCUUCUGUCUCAUGCACACGGAGGUCAGUCAGAAUCCGUCUGGUGCGCCACAGUCAGAAAAAGCUGAAGAUGAGCCCCGGCACAAAGCGGAGAAGGAGCAGUUCAAGAGAGAAUGGGAAGGCCUGCAGCUCUCUCUCAGCUUAAGCCACUCAGUGCUGCAGACCGCCGACAGGAGCCCCAAGGAACUUCUCGACGAGAUUGUCCAGCUCAUGGAGAAGCCCUUCAAGUAUUUGCCCAGAGAGUUCUCCGCCGUUGACUUGGACGAGGAAGCGGAAGAUAUAGAAGCCAUCGCAAAUCUGGAAAAUGCCGAUGACGAAAACGACUCUGACAAGAACACAGAAGACGAGGAGGGGGAAGAGGAGGAGCAGGACGAGGAGGGUGAAGAUUCGGAAUCCCCAGGGGACGCAACUGCCAAGAAGUCUUUUGGCGAUACCUUUAAUUUCUGCCCGGUGGUGCUCAAGAAGCAGAAUGCGCUGGUGCCCUGCACAGAUGAGAUAUCAGCCAAGUAUCGAGAGAAGGUCUACUAUUUCUCCAACGUAGAUGCCAGGGAAGCCUUCCUGCUCACUCCGGAGCAGUUUGUUGGACAAAACGAGCUUCUAAAGCCUCCUGCCCUGCGGAUAUUUCUGCUGGGAUGCCGCGGCUCCGGCAAGACCACUCAAGGCGAGUGGCUCGCCAAGCAACUCGGCCUCUUCCACAUUCAGUUCAAGGAGCAACUUCAAAUGCUCCUCACGCCGAAGAUAAAGCAGCGAGUUAUCCCCGCCGACGAGUCGACAGAGGAGCAUCUGAAGGCCCUGAAGUCCACCAUCGAGGACGCCCGAGGGGACGAAGCUGCGGAGCCGACCGAGGAGGAUGCGGGACUGACUGAUGAGGAAAUUGGUAUGAUAGCCUACUUGACUGAUGACCUUCCACUGAGUUCACAUGUCCUGGAUCAGGUCAUCAAUCCAUACUGGAAAACGGAGCCUUACAUGUCUACGGGUUUCAUCCUGGAGGGUUUCCCUCACAACACCGAGGAAGUGCAGCACAUGAUGCAGCAUCAGCUUUAUCCCGACGCCGUGGUCACCUUGAUGGCGGGGGUGGAGGACGUUCAGGCGCGCCUGUUGCCCAAAUUCUGGCAGAGGUGGCGAGAGCACUGCGACCGGCGCGAAGCUUUGCUCGAUGUCCUCCGCGAAAUACACCGCAAGGCGCGGGACGAGAAUAUUGUGAAGAGGAGGGCAGAACUCAUGGAAGAAAAAGAAGCCUCUUCAACAGCCGCAAAAUUUAGUUGCCGGGAGGAUGAUGAGGACGACGAAGACGCGACAAACAUAGAGGAAGAGAUAGAGGCCAUAUUGGAGGAGGAGUUCCCCGUGGAAAGGUACGACGAGUUCAAAGAAGACGACGAUCUGGAGGAGGCAACUGCCGAGAGGCUGAACACGGAGAUCGAAGAACGUUACGUUGCCGACUCCAACAACAUUUCUACCGUGCUGGAGGUUCUGAGCGAACUCAAAAUUCCCCGGAUCUCUAUCAACGCCUCGCGCAAGACGGGCGUCGUUCGCCGUCAGCUCCUCCUGAAAGUGGAGCCGCUGCAGGCCAACCGCGAGUCGCUCUUCCAAAAAUGCCAGCCCAUCUCGUUCAACCUGGCACAGCUGCUCCUGCUCUACUCAUACAAGUUCCACAGCGCCUUUGGCUGCUUGGACCCGGUCAAGCGCUACAAUGAAGGAGACCUCAUCCAACCUGUGCUGUGGCCUCUUGAUACCACAUGCCCAGUGCUCUUCAACCAGUAUAUUUACUUUUUUGGCUCCAAGAAGAACCAGCAAACAUUCAUGCUCAACCCCUUGAAGUACCUCAGGCAGUCAAAGCCCUCCCCGAUGCUUCCUGUUAAAAUGGCCGUCGUCGGACCACCCAAAUCGGGGAAAACGAGCGUGGCCACGAUGUUCGCGCAGAGGUACGGUUUGGACCUGUUGUCCAUCGGCGGCGUCAUGCGGCGCAUUCUUGACGAGCAGGAGCACAGCGACCUGUCGGCGCAGAUGAAGCAGCAUCUCCACCAGGGCCUCGUGGUGCCGGAUGAACUGGCCAUCCAGUGCCUGGAGAAGGUGCUCAUGAGCUUGGUCUGCAGCACACAAGGGUACGUGUUGGAUGGCUUUCCCGUGACCAUGAAGCAAGCCGAGCUGAUGCAGUCCAACAGCAUCAUCCCCAUGAUCGUGGUCGAGAUGGAGCUGCACACGGUGGAGGUGCUCAAGCGAGGCCUCGCGAGCAAGAUGGAGGAGAACAAGCCCCACCCGAUGCACGACAGCGCCGAGAUCCUCCACGUCCGCGACACGUGUUACAAGCAGGAAGCGCAGCUGAUGCGACGGCACUUCCAGCAGCAGUAUGACAACUGGAUCCAGAUGGAAGGCCUCAAGAGCAAGUGGUACAUAUGGGAACGCCUGAUCAAGGAGAUCAGCGUCAGCAUGGGGUACAUCCACACUUACCUGAGGAGGACCAGGAGCGGCCAAGCGGGCUGCAUCAACAGGCUAUGCGUCACACCCAAAGAGUUUCAGCGUCAGCUGGGAGAGUUUGCCCACUACUGCCCUGUGUGCCUGGCUCUGCAGGACCACCUCGUGGACUGCUCAGAAACCGCAUCCCUGAUGUACGCUGCAGAGUACAACAGGCGAUAUUUCAAGAUGUGUGGCACGCACCAUUUGGAGAGCUUCCUUGCCAACCCGGAUCAAUUCGUCACCCCGGGCUGCCCGCGCCCUCUCCCCGAAGCGGACCGGCUGCCCAAAAAGUUGACCGAGACGGACGUGAAGAGCACAUCCCUGCAGCAGGUUGAGAUGAAAGGCUUCUGCCCUGUCACUUAUCUGGAUGGCAAACUGAGGUACGAAGCUCUCGUCCGCGGCAGCGCGGAAUACGCAGUGGAAUACCGAGAGCGGCUGUACACCUGCGAGACGAAGCAGAAGCAGUACAAGUUUUUGAGCGCUCCGCAACGCUACUGGGACCUCAAGCUGCCCAGUAAGGUUCCGCCGCUUUGUGAGCCGAACCCGCUCACCUCCCUCCCCACGCUGGGCUACCUGGAACAGGGGGCGGCGGUGGCGGUCAUCAAGGCCAUGACGGCUGUCGGGUGCCUCAAACCCAAGUUUCCCUUCUUCAGUAUGGAACGAUCCGCUCUUCACUACGUGGCCUUCUACAUGAAAGCAUUCAACCAUAACAGCACAGAACACAUUCGCCAGAUGUACAAAAAUAAGUUGGCCUCGUUUGAGGAGGAUUGCGCACUCAUCCCCUACCUGAGCUCGUCGAUGCAAGCGGAAUACAAGCUCCCCGACGAAUGCCCCGUCGACUUUGACUUCAACCUGAAGAAGUUUCUCGCCUUGAGAGAUUCGCCCCGAGAGAAAUCUGGUCUGCAAAUGUAACCCGGGAUGGAACUGUCACCAGCGUGGUUGUGUUUCAUUUUGCGCGUCCGUUGCAAUCAACCACAAAGACUCAGAACAUUCCAUCUGAGUCGUGUAUUUUGUUCUCACUGCAUGUCCGCUUCAUUGUGCUGUACAGUAUUUAAAUAAUAAUAAUACAAAUAAUGCCGCCCAAAAUAGCCUACAACAAGAAACUUUUGAACUUGUCUCAUUUAUUUUUUAUAAAUGAGUGUCGAUGUGCUUGAUUGUUUUUGAGAAAAUAAGACUCUUAUAUUAAUGCAGAAUAUUAUGCAUAAAAUAUAUAUUUUUAAUAAUAAAUAUAUGGUCGCUACUUCA